CAGCCCGCGGCUGAUCGCUCGCGCACUGCACGCCACUCCACUCCUCUCCUCUCCUCGGCCUUCUCUUCCCCAAAACCCUAUGCUCCAACGGGAGAAGAAGUGAACACCCACCUCCGCCCGCCGCCGUCAUGGCGCUCCGCCGCAUCAACCCCCGGAGGAAACCUCUCCUCCUCGUCCGCCGCACCUUCUCCUCCUCCUCGAAACCGCCCUUCCCUCCGCCUCCGCCGCGGGCCAAUGAACCUGACGCUGCCCACUCCCCCUCCUCUCCGCCCCCCAACCCUGGCGCUCCCCCGAACCCGACGUCCUCGCUCUUCCAGGGCAUCCGCGAGCGCCUCCGCUCGUCCCCCACGCCACCCCCGUCGCGCCGGAUCCCGAUGAACCCGCCCCGCCCCAACUCCGGGCGUGGCGCACUUCCUUCCCCGUCCCUCGGCGAGAUUCGCAAGAUGCUCGAGUCCUUCCACGGGUAUCGCGCCACCGGCGGUGCGCCCUCCCAGUCCGCUCCCGGCACCACCCCCUCGUUCCAGGACCUGCUCAAGAACAGCGCCGCCCUGGGCCCCAACGCCGGGAACAAGGCGCCCGCCUUCGACACCAUCCGCGAGAGCCUCAAGUUACGCCAGCAGCCGCAGCAGAGGCCUCCUCGUUCGACGCCGCCGUUCCUGUCCCCUUUCUCCAGCAUCUUCAACAAGGAGCUAGUGGAUAGGACCGUCAAGGCUGAAGGAGCAGGGAAGGAGGAGAAGGAUACUGGCAUAACGCUCAUGAGGAGCUACAGCUACGAAGAACUUGGGAAGAGGCUAGGGGAACUGCGGCCGGCGGGCACGGCGAAGGAUGGGAAGGAGUGGUUCUCGCUCGAAGAGCUACAUGGGCGGAUCGCCAAGCUGGUGAAGAUGGAGGAGCAGGAGGGGAUGUUCGGUGGGGAGUAUUUGGAAUUCCGGAAGAGCAUUAUGAGCAUCAAGCAAUCAGAAAAAUCGUCUCGGUUGGGAAUGCAGAUGGCGAUGCUGAGUAACAUUGGCGGGCAGUCGAUGUUGGACUACAUGCGUCUGCCUCCGCAGGAGGAGCUGCUAGAGAGGUAUUUCCAUCUGGACCAUAUGUCAUCUGAAGAGAAGAUGAAACUGGAGCUCCAGAGGGUGAGGGAUGACUUCAAGAUGUCCGAGAACGACUGUGGUUCUGCUCGAGUUCAAAUUGCCCAGCUGACUUUAAAAAUCAAGCAUUUGUCAUCUGUUUUACAUAAAAAGGAUAAACAUUCUAGAAAGGGACUUCAGGAUAUGGUCCAAAGGAGGAAGAAAUACCUCAAGUACUUGCGUAGAACUGACUGGGACUCGUACUGUCUUGUUCUGUCAAAGCUGGGGCUUCGGGAUGUGCCGGAGUACAAAGCUCCUGAUUACAAGAACAAGUCCACCACCAAGGUCAAAUCUAAGAAGAGAAAAAGCAAGAGCAAGAAGAAGAGAAAGAUGAUGGCAUAGAACCAUAAACAAAUACCUUUUUCGUCCCUUUUAGCCCUGAAUUGCGUGGCCAGAAAAUCAAUCGAAUAGACGCAGAUGGCUUCAGUCCAAUCUUGCCAGUGUUGUAUUUUUCAUUCCUUUUGUAAUAACCAUUUCUUUGGAUGCCAAGGUCUUCCUUGUUUUUGCUAGGAGCUGCAGUCUUCCUGUAACAACUGAUUGGUUAUUUCUUUUGAGGUCCGCUCUAUUUCCUGAAGGAAUGGAGGAACAUACACGAUACCAUCAACGCAUUA